UUAUAUUAUUAGCAGUGCCUUAUUAUACUAUAUAGCUAUAUUUUACACAUUUACGAGUAUGUAUUAUGUUUUUAGUGCAUUGUAUCAAUGCUAAAAACCUUUUCUGAUACGAUCGUCUUUGCAGUCCUGGUGGAAAGAGCGUUAAACCACACAAAUACACUGCGAUGUGUUAGGAACAGCAAUUAGCAUCUUUUAAAAAGCGCCGUUUAGUGAUGUUGUCGGGUACUAUUAGUCUAAAAGUAGAUUUUCAUAUUUUAACUCGUCGAUUUAAUUUCUAAUUCAGUUUUCCUGCGUCAUUUAUCAGUUAAAGUGUUUUCCAGACGCAGAGUCUGUCACGUGGUAAGCGUUACUUAACUCGAAGUGCGCUAACCGCAGUCGUUUAUGGUUAAAGUAAAACGUACUAAAUUUUAUAAUUUUACAGAGCUUAUUGGGUCGAAUUUGUAUCCAUAUAUCAGCUGCAAGUAGUUGCAAUUACUAUGUUUAAAAGAUUAAAUUUUUAAUGAAAAGGCUGUUUGCACUAAAACAAAACACUUGCUCGGAUUUCACCGUGUUUCAAUGGAGGACGCGGGUUUAUGGCCUUUGUGCGCCCUCUAGAGGAAAACACUGUAUAAAACACAGACUGCAGUGAUUAUUUAGUAACGUGUGCCGCCCAAUGGUCAAACUCGACAGCUGCGUCAGUUCCGACAGAACAGCAUGGGCCUGAGUUCUAAAGAUUGCAUUUAUAUCUAAAUAUCAAAGAUUGCAUUUACUAAAAUAAUAAUAUACAGGUCAAUGAAUGUUUAUUUACAGACAAGAACCAGUGUGUGAUUUUCAGGGACUUCAGAAAAGAACCAUUUAGUGCUGAUAUGGACCACGCCGAGUAAACAUUGGACUAAACAAGAUAUGCAUUUGUUUAGAGGUAAACAAUAUUUUGUUAGACAACAGAGAAAACUAUGGCUUCGGCACAGCCUCCAAACUUCUCCUGGGUGGAUCCUGGUAAGGUUGCAGGCAUGGCAAUGCCCCGAAUGACAGCCCACUAUCAGUACCUGCUGAACAACGGCAUUAAACAUCUGGUGACCCUGAGCGAGCGCAAACCUCCUUACCACGACACCUGUCCAGACCUGACCCUUCAUCACAUCAGGAUUCACGACUUCUGUGCACCAACGUUUGAUCAGAUCAACAGAUUCCUGUCCAUAGUGGAGGAGGCCAAUGCAAAAGGACAGGCUGUUGUGGUGCACUGUUUGCUUGGUUUUGGGCGGACGGGGACCAUGCUCGCCUGUUACCUGGUGAAGAGCAGGAAAAUCACCGGAAUCGAUGCGAUUAAUGAGAUAAGAAGCAUACGCCGAGGCUCCAUUGAAACCAGAGAGCAGGAACUAAUGGUGGUGCAGUUUUAUCAACAAAAUAAGGUGUAAAAUAAGAAACAUUUAUUUUUAUGAUGCAGAUGUUUAUGAAUAAUGUUAUAUAAAACAAUAAAGAAUUAUUUAUUUCCA